AACGCGCAUUUGACACCAAAUCCUCUAGAUUACUGGACCCUGUGCCUCGCCAAGGGAAAGAAGAUUGUCUUACCAUACCAACGGUGUUUUUAUUCGCUAUAUAUACAUUCAAGUGACGCUCGGGGAUCGAAUAUAACAUUUCAUGGAAUAUAAUUCUUUGGAAGGGUCGUUUCUGUAUCUUCUCUGUCUCUGCUCUUUGGUUGAGGAAAGAGCCCUGCCGCUUGCGUUGUCAGGCCAGUUUUGGUUCUGAGGAACAACAGUAGCUUCCUGUGCUUAUUUUGCACUGUCAAAGUCUAUUCUUUGGACGGAAAUACAAUGCCAGGAGACAUCAAAGUGAAUAUUGUUGGUGUAAGAAUCAACAAUAGGCCAUGAUGUCGGUGGAACUUCAUUUUGUUAUGGGAUAACUGGGAUAUCGUUGCCAUAAUAACGGGUUGAUCAUCAAUAAUUUCAGUUGAACAGUAUUUGAAAUAAUUCUGAAUUGUUAUAAUACUGUAACAUAUUGAAUAUGCCACCUCAGAGUCUGCUUGACUCACAAGAACACCAAGGGACCUAAGUAAACACAACAGUUCAAGUCCUAUGCGGUAGAACGCACGGAUGAUCUUCGUGUUGCUGGAUAUUCAUUCCUUUGUCAACUGUCUAUCUGAAGAAGGCAGGCGUGAAAAUGGCAUCCUUUUUCAAUUUCCGUAAAAUCUUUAAAUUAGGUGCUGAGAAGAAGAAGAAACAGUAUGAGCAUGUCCACAGAGACGAGAACCCAGAGGAGAUAUGGGAGAUCAUUGGAGAACUGGGGGAUGGAGCCUUUGGGAAAGUCUAUAAGGCCCAGAACAAGCAAACAGGCAUUCUGGCUGCAGCUAAAGUGAUCGACACCAAGACGGAGGAGGAGCUGGAGGACUAUAUGGUAGAGAUCGAUAUCCUGGCCUCCUGCGACCAUCACAACAUAGUGAAGCUGCUGGACGCCUUCUACUACGACAGCAAGCUAUGGAUCCUGAUAGAGUUCUGUGCGGGUGGAGCGGUGGACGCCGUCAUGCUGGAGCUAGAGAGGCCCCUGACGGAGCCCCAGAUCCGGGUGGUGUGUAAGCAGACCCUCCAGGCCCUCCUCUACCUCCACGACAACAAGGUGAUCCACAGAGACCUGAAGGCUGGGAACAUCCUGCUAUCCCUGAACGGAGACGUCAAACUGGCUGACUUUGGUGUGUCGGCAAAAAAUACCAAAACACUACAGAGGAGAGACUCUUUCAUCGGGACGCCAUACUGGAUGGCCCCGGAGGUGGUGAUGUGUGAGACGUUUAAGGACCGUCCGUACGACUACAAGGCUGACAUCUGGUCCCUGGGGGUGACUCUGAUCGAGAUGGCCCAGAUUGAGCCUCCCAACCACGAGAUGAACCCAAUGAGAGUCCUGCUGAAAAUAGCCAAGGCCGAUCCUCCUACCCUGAUGCAGCCGUCGCGCUGGUCUCCCGAGUUCAGUGAUUUCCUAAGAAAGUGUCUCGAUAAGAAUGUGGACAACAGAUGGAAUGUGGCACAACUUCUACAGCAUCCAUUUUUGAGUACCGUAACCGACAGCAGGCCGUUGAGGGAGCUGAUCGCUGAAGCAAAGGCUGAGGUUUACGAGGAGAUUGAGGAUCACAAGGAGGAAGAGGAGGAGGAGGAUGGCGAGACACAGCGGGGUCACAAACGUGCGCCGUCUGAUGCCAGUGUUGCCAGCACAGAGGAUGAGAAACUCCCUCAGUCUCCCUCAGCCUCCAUCCUGGAGUCUUUACCGGAGAAAACUGAACCGGUUAUCCCGACACCACAGAUCGUUGAAAAGGUCCCUGAACCAAGCGUCGCCAAGCCAGAGGAGAACCUGGUUGUGGACACGGGCUCCGUCGAGGAGCCUGGUGUCCCUGCAGAAGUGGAGAAAAUGGAUGAGAUCCUUGGUGUUCCAAUGAAUGGAGAGGCAACAGAACCCAGUGAGAAACCAGUAGAGGUGACGGGAGAGGAGGAGAAGGUUCCAGAAAUAACAGAGGUUUCCCCAACAGAACCCAGUGAGAAACUAGUAGAGGUGACGGAAGAGGAUGAGAAGGUUCCAGAAAUAACAGAGGUUUCCCCAACAGAACCCAGUGAGAAACCAGUAGAGGUGACGGAAGAGGAUGAGAAGGUUCCAGAAAUAACAGAGGUUUCCCCAACAGAACCCAGUGAGAAACCAGUAGAGGUGAUGGAGGAGAAGGUUCCAGAAAGAACAGAGGUUUCCCCAACAGAAGCCAGUGAGAUAGCUUCUUCAGACCCAGCUGAGAAACCAGCAGAGCCCCAACCAGAAGGAACCGUUUCCAAUGCUGAAGUCACCAUAGGGGACAAGGAGAUGGAGCAACUGGCCAUAUCCAAUCAAGAUGAAAAGGAAGUGGACACAGCUGAGGUCCAGACGAAUGUGAUCACUGCAGAAGGGUCAGAGGCCAAGGAAGAGCCAACAGAAGGCAAGAUGGAAGUUGAGGAAGAACCAGCCAACGAGGAGCCUAGCGGGGAAGCAACGGUUACCGUGACAACCCCAGAAGAGACUAAGGUGGACGACAAACUCACACCUGCAUUUUCAGCGGUCUGGAAAAAGGAGGAAGGAGAGAAAGAGAGAGUGGAGUAUAAGCCAACUGCGGAGACCGGGACUCCAGUGAAGUCUAAGGAUGAGAAGGAGAGGGAUUCGGACUCUGGGAGUAGUUAUGCUGCAGAUAACGGCAGCAUAGACAUGAACCUGUCCAUCUCCAGCUUCCUGACCAAAACCAAGGAGCCAGGAACCCUCUCCAUACAGGACACCAAGCGCCAGAAGAAGACACUGAAGAAGACCCGUAGGUUCGUGGUGGAUGGAGUCGAGGUUAGCGUGACGACGUCGAAGAUCAUCACCGACAAUGACACCAUGAACGAGGAGAUGAGGUUCCUCAGGCGUCAGGAGCUGAGGGAGCUGCGUCUCCUGCAGAAAGAGGAACAGAGGGCCCAGCAGCAGCUCAGCAAUAAACUGCAGCAGCAGAAAGAGCAGAUCUGCCGCCGUUUCGAACAGGAGACGACCAGUAAGAAGCGCCACUACGACCAGGAAGUGGAGAACCUGGAGAGACAGCAGAAGCAGACCAUCGAGAGGCUGGAGCAGGAGCACACCAACCGGCUGAGGGACGAGGCCAAGCGCAUCAAGGCCGAGCAGGACAAGGAGCUGUCCAAGUUCCAGAACAUGCUCAAGAACCGCAAGAAAGAGUUCAAACAGGAAAUGCGACUCACGCCCAGGCACAGGAGGAACGCUAUCGUGAAACGGGGGAAAAAGGACAUAACCACAACUCCACGUGAAGAGGGAGUGGCCCAGGGUAUGAUUCUAUCUUUUCAGUUGUCCUCCUGCACUCUCUUCAACGCCCCCAUGCAGGAUGAGCAGGAGUUCCUGCAGAAACAGCAGCAGGAGCUGGACUGUGCCCUGAAGAAGAUCAUCCAGCAACACAAACACGAGUUGGCCACCAUCGAGAGAGACUGUCUUAACCACAAACAACAGCUCCUCAGAGCACGGGAAGCAGCAAUGUGGGAGCUGGAAGAGCGUCACCUACAGGAGAAACACCAGUUGUUUAAACAACAGCUGAAAGACCAGUACUUCAUGCAGAGACACCAGCUGCUCAAGAGACACGAGAAGGAGAUGGAGCAGAUGCAGCGCUACAACCAGCGUCUCAUUGAGGAGAUGAAGAACAGGCAGACACAGGAGAGGGCCCGCUUACCCAAGAUCCAGCGCAGCGAGGCCAAGACUCGCAUGGCCAUGUUCAAGAAGAGCCUCCGAAUCACUGGAGGCCCCAUCACACCCGAGCAGGAGAGGGAGAAGGUCAAACAGUUUGCAGCCCAGGAGGAGAAGAGGCAGAAGAAUGAGAGGCUCCACCAGCACCAGAAACAUGAGAACCAGAUGAGAGACCUGCAACUGCAGUGUGACGCCAACAUCAGGGAGCUGCAGCAGUUACAGAACGAGAAGUGCCACAUCCUGAUAGAGCACGAGACCCAGAAGCUGAAGGAGCUGGAUGAGGAGCACAGCCAGGAGCUGAAGGAGUGGAGGGAGAAACUACGACCCAGGAAGAAGGCUCUGGAGGAAGAGUUUGCCAGGAAGCUUCAGGAGCAGGAGAUCUUCUUUAAGAUGAGUGGAGAGUCAGAGUGCCUUAACCCCUCAGCCCAGAGUCGCAUCUCCAAGUUCUACCCCAUCCCCAGUGUCCACUCCACUGGCUUCUAGGAGUUAACCCAUUCAUGGCACUCCGGAUGGACAUGAACAUACAUCCACACCCACAUAUUAAAGGCACACUCAAUGAAUAGAUACACACACACACACACACACACACACACAUACAUACAUACAUACAUACAUACAUACAUACAUACAUACAUACAUACAUACAUACAUACAUACAUACAUACAUACAUACAUACAUACAUACAUACAUACAUACAUACAUACAUACAAAUAGAGUGGCGCACACACACACACAUACACAUACAAAUAGACUGGCUCGCACACACACACACACACAGACUAAUAAGACUGAGCCUCUGCUGCCUUGCCCCAUCUCCACUGAUGACAAUCAGGGGGACGAAGGGGCGAUAUCUCCGAGGGGUGUGUUUCUACCCCUCUAUCGGCUUCUGAACGAGGAUGAGACAGUAGCCCUCAAGCUACAGACGGUGUUAAUCAUGAAGACCCUUUUAAUGGUGAUCUGUUAUACAUAAUUUACCCCAUUUUCAUUGUAUAGGGAGGGUCGUGUUCAGUCGGGCACACCGUAGCAAGAGUUGGAAUUUGUGUUCUUAUUGUAGAAGUAGUACCUCCCCGUUUUUCACUCCAUUUCAAAUCAUUUUCUACUGACUGAACAAAACCCAGUUUUAUUUCUUAUAGCUUCCUCUUUUGAAAUAAGUUAUGAAGGAGAUUCUUGACAUUAUGCAUUUUCAAAUUUGAUACUUUGGCACUGUGUUCCUCAAAUCUUAGCCUCCCAAGUCACUAAAGUGUCUCAAGGCAGAUUCUAUUAUUUUUUAUUAUUGCUGAUUCCUUUUCAUUUGUGAAUUUUUUUUUUUUCUUCCUUGAAGAAUCUAGUGCCUGUAUACUUUUAUUUCAAUGGAAUGGCUUUUCAAAUGUAAGCUUCCUCUGGAGGAAAAAAACUAUUGCUGCUCGAUUUUUAUCCCAUUAGUUAUUUGCACUAAAUCAGGGCUGCCCAACCCUCUUCCUGAUUCAGAUAGUUAGGGUCUUGUUGAGCAGCUAAUUAGUAGAAUCAGGUGUGUUAAAUUAGGGUUGGACUGAAAACCCACAGGACGGUAGACCUCCAGGAAGAGGGUUGGGCAGACCUGCACUAAAUAAAAAGAAUGAACAUUUUGUACCAGAAGUCUAAUAUAAUGAACUUAUAUAUUCAAUAUCUAUGGUAAUGUUUGAGAGAGCUCAUGAUCUGAUAAGAAUGUACUUUUGGUAAAGGAUGAAAAGCACAUUUCUUUUAUAAUGAAUCUUGACAAAGGCAUGAUAUAUUUUAUAUGCAAUCACACGCAUCUUGACAAGAUAUUGAAUUUAGUUUCCAAUGAACUAGGGAGUGACUGCCUGAAGUUGUGCAUGAAUUUCAAUGCAAGCUUGACUUCUUAUGUUAUAAUUAUGGUAUCAAAUGUUUUUUUUUGGAGCUUACUAACAACAGUUUGGGAUUUAUAUUUUUCUGUCGGAAAUGGUUCCUUUCUUCUAGCCUGGAAUCCAAACUGAAUCACUACUUUCACUGUUGUUUUACUUGUACAUUGGUGAAACGGUUGAGAUUCCCAGGCUAGUAUCUUUCUUCAGGUUUCAUGAGCAUGCCUUUCAUCUUCAGCACAACUCUUGAGAUUUGUUUCUCUCUUUUUGUAAUUUGGCGUAGUCGGCGAGUGGCCAUUUUGUUUUAGCAUACCAAGGAGGGGUUAUUAAUAUGGUGUUUGUUUAUAUAUCCAGACAGAGACAAGGUUUUCACUGUGGUUACUCAAAUGGGGGCGUUAUAUAAUUCGAUAGAAAUCUGUGAGGACCUAUAUGAAGGUCUGUUUUGUUAGAAUUUCAUGCAAAUGUUUGGUAUGUCUGUGUAUUGUUUAUGAAAUUGCCUCCCAUUACCAUAUUCUUCAGUUGAUCUGCAUGGCUUUUGGGUUUGUUUGUAAGGAAACUAUGAUACUGUUUUAUUAUCAUUCAUACUAGCUAAUAGCCUUAAUGUUUUCAACAAAACGUAUGAAGAUACGGUAUUCAUGUUGUGGCCCUCUGUGUAGUUAUUUUAAUCAGACUUAGUUCAAGUCCCGCCCCAAGUGAUCUUUAUAUCCGUAUAGCCUCUACUGUAUCAUAGUCAAAUGUUUUGUUCGUUACUUAUUUAAUCUAAGGAUAAUGAAUAUGACGUUAUCAUGAGUUGAACAGUUUUGAUAACACUUUCAGAACUAUAGUUUUAGCUUAUUUUAUGAUAGAUAUGCAUGAUCUUCUCUAAAGUGGUGGUAGCCUAUAACCUUCAAUACAGUUGAAAAUCAUUUGUUAAAAAGGAACUGUUGGACCCGACUGGUUUAGGCCAUCAUGACUUCUGAUUGGUCUAUUUUGUUAUCUCACCCUUUUGUGAUUGGCUGCAGGAACAACAAUCAGUCGAUGCCAUUUUAUAAUUGGUCUGUAAUAGUGGCAAACAAAAACAAAACAUCAUAUACACAAUGAAGGAGUGCUGUGCACCUUACACAAAAUGAAGAUACUCUGUGGAAAUGUAUCUUUACGCUACAGUAUUGUAGUUUCCUCAAUUGUCAAAUAGUUCUGAUCUGAAAUUUAAACUGAAUUGAAAAUAUAAUUAAAUACCAAUCAUGUCAGUGUUGUUAUUAGUGUCAUGAUUUCCUUCAGAUUUUCAAAUUGUAUCAUGAUUGAUUUCAGAAUGUUGUUUGAAAUUGAACUACCCUUAAAAAAAUGUGUACUUUAUAGUUUAUAGAAUGACUAUGUACUGUAGAUUUACAUUGUUCUGUAAAUAAACAAUUUCCUGUAUACAAUA